CACAGCACGAGCGAAGCUUGGAAGGAUCCGAUCGCGAUGCAUGAGGGAUGAUCUUUCGGCUGGUUUGGCUGCAGGAAGGGCGGAUCUUUUCGCCGCCCUGACUCUGGCAGCACCUUCUUCUGUUUGUGGAAGGAAGGUGACGCCUGGGCCCUGGAGUCCUCCGUUUAAAAGCCUUUUGAAGGAGUUGGGAAGCCUUCUCUGGUCAAUUCUUUGUACGGUUGCUUGGAAGAGGCCUCUGUGUUUGGAAAAGGAGCAUGUGGUGGUGUUGUUGGUGAAUCUUGUCGCAGCGCUUGGCGACUCCCCCUUUCUGCACCCUCUGCUUCAAUUCUGGUGCAGCAAUGGCUAAGCUUAGCAUAUCCAUUGCUGAUACCAGCGAGGCCCCCUUGGCUUCUCUGGAAACACAGCGCUCCAGUGGUCCAGCUCCCUUCUUGAGCAAGACGUUUCAGCUGGUCGAUGAUGUCAGCACAGACGACAUUGUCUCGUGGGGGAAGCAUGACACCAGCUUCAUUGUGUGGAAACCGAUGGAGUUUGCCAGGGACCUCCUCCCAAAUUACUUCAAGCACAACAAUUUCUCCAGCUUUGUCCGGCAAUUGAACACCUACGGCUUCCGCAAAGUCGUCCCUGACCGGUGGGAGUUUGCCAAUGAGUCAUUCAAGCGCGGCGAGCCUCAUCUGCUCUCUGAGAUCCACCGCCGCAAGUCGUCCGCCAUCUCUCCUUCCAGCAGCGGCGGCGGCGCCGCCUCCCUCCCCUCCCCAGACAUCUGCCCCCCCGACUCCCCUGACAGCAUCAUUUGCGACCAGUUUGAACCUCCUGGGGGAGAGGCCAGCCCACCUGCACAGCCCGGCAAUGCCCCCUUAGGACAGAUCCCCGGGCAGUCUUUGUCGGUGGAGAACGAGCGGUUGACUCGCGACAAUGUGCUGUUGCUCAACGAGUUGACGCGGGUGAGAAAGAUGUACGAUGAUGCGGUGGUGUUCAUCCAGUACCAGGCGCGGGUGGCGAUGCAGAUGCGGGGGGGUCCGUUCUUGCAUCCUGGUGCGCAUAUGCAGAACCCAAUGGCGGCAUAUGCCACCCUGAUGCAGCACAUGCCGGGUUGUGUCAAUCCCGCUAUGUCGGGAUUCUCUACCGUGGACUAUGAUGGGAAGGGGAAGGAGAUGUUUCCUGGGUAUGCUGCCCAGGCGGGGGGAGUGCCGAAUCUGAACAGGUCAAAGUCCGAGGGGGCACCGGUGGAAGGUCACGCAGAGGGCUCUGCACAGCGAUUUGCGAGCCCCUGUGUGGGUUACCCUGGGUUUCCUCAGGGAUUUCAGCACUACCGGAGUACUGAGGGCUCAAGGGAUGAGCGGGGCCCGAAGUUGUUUGGGGUUUGUCUCGAUGCAGAGGGGACGAGACGAAGGGAGGGGGAGGAGCUUGCUAGGGGGGGAGAGAAGAGAGUAAAGCGGGAGGCUGCCUAAAGUAUUGGUUCGAUGCAUUGAUUGGCAUAGAUCAUGGGGGUGGGGUUGAAUCUAGGUUGUCUUGUAUAUUAGAAGUCAGCGACUGGUAGAGCCACUAGAUCUGGUGGAUAUUUUUUGGCGGAGGAGAGGGCCUGGUCGCCCUCAUGCUUCGCUCAUUGGCAAGCAUAGCUGAAAUGUCUGCACAUCGCUUUGAGCAGAUGUGAUUGCCCUGAAGUUGGUUUAGUUAGGGUCGCAGGGCAGGUUUCAUUGACAAGCCACAUAAACGUCCACUCUUUUAAAAGAACAAGACAGCCCACAUUGGGCUUUAGACGCUAUGAACAGUAGCCAGUGCCCGAGACCAACGGCUCGACCUAUGCUUUUCCACACCAGCCUGUACAAAAUUCUUUCCACAGCGAGGCAGAAAAGACUCGCUGUGUGGCUUAGGAUCGAGACUGGCUAAGGACACGGUAGAAAGACAUAUGUCCCUAUUGUGCACGUACAGGACAAAUGGCCUCAGGCCAAAUUUUGAUUGCAAGCAGUUUGCAUUGACCAAUAAAUUCAAUUUUAGCACAAUUCUCGAACUUAAGCAGGUCACCGCC